GUGUAUGGCAUUUUCUGAAACCUUUCAAAGCAAUCUAAGGCCUGAAAUCUUAAAAAAAAAAAAAAAAAAAUCCUAAGGCCUGAAAGCACACAGUAGUAGACUGCAGAAAGUUAGAAACAGAGAAACGCCACAUUAUCGAAAGCCAAAAUGGCAUCAACGGCGACCCAUUUCUCCGCCGCCCUGUUCCUUCUCCCCAUUAGGAUGCGCCACCUCUUCUGUUCCUCAUCUCUCUACCUCAAGAAUCCAUCUUUGUUCAGAUCAAAAACAUGAUAUCUCUCUGCUCCCAAAUGGAAGAAUCUUGAUUUAUAUAUCCUCAAUGUAGCUCUCCCAAUUGCUCUUUCUCUGAAAUUUUCCUUUUUUUAUCUUUUGCCGGUCACCCCGCUUACCGUUUCUAAUUCAUGCAUCAAUCCCUGGUUCUUUUUCUUUACUGGGUGUUGACCAUUUUAUUUCUUUUGCGAGAUAGCAUUGACCUAUUUACACUAAAUGAUAACUUCUUGUUUGUAUUAACGGGGCUUGUGUUCUUCAUAGACUAUUCAGCUAUUGCGAACGGGAUUUCUGGUAUUGUUGGUGGAGUUGUGUACGAUUUGUGUGGUUAUUUGACCAUUCUUUGUGGUUGCUGCUGUUUUUAUUUGGCUGUUAGGCCUAGUGCCUUAUUCAUGGAGUUUUGCUUCUGUUGUGGGUUGGUCUUAAGGGGGACUUGGAUUUUGCAAGCUGGGUUGUGCUUGUAUACUGACUUUUUUUCCUUUAAGGGGUGUCAUAAAAUAAUGGUUUCUCCAGAAUGUGAAAAUGCUGAGUUGAAGUGUGAUCUUGAAGAGGAUGGAUUGACGGGUGUGGCAUUGGUUAAUUUGUUAUUUAUUGGGCAUGCAAUUGGGGUCUUGCUUGUGAGCUUUGGGUUGUUUGGGUUAUUGUCAAGUCAUGGCGAGGCAAGUGGUGCUUUGCUGGCAGAGCUCCAAUCAGAGAGUACUUUGAUGCGCACACUUCCUCGAUUUGAGCUGGAAUUGAGUACCGAAAUCAGAUCGGCAACAUUGGAACUCCUCUGGCACGUAAACAUCCAAUUUUUAAGGACCUGCAAGUCACAACAAGAGAAUUAGUCUUGCUGUCUUGUUAGCUCAUGCUUCUGUUGAAGGUUGUUCAAGACAGGACAAUAGGAUACCAAAAGAAACAAACCCCCCAUUGGUGCUCAAAUCUUCUAAAGGUUCGCCUCUCAGUUCUGGUGGAGGAAUGGGUGACCAGGUGCAAGGUGGUGCUUUGGCCCAUUUUUUUGAACUUCCCACAUCCAUUAGUUCCUAUUGAAAAAUGAAAAUGGAGAAAAGGUAAUUGUUAUUUUUGUGGCUUGAAUUUUGAAUAUAUUUUUUUAUGGACCCGAAUUGUGACCCGACUCGAAAUUUUCGCGCUGUGACCCAAUUGGGAUAAAAAGUGAGAUUAG